AUUUUUAAGUUUUAUAGCGAAUUCUAUAGAAUCUCUCGAAGAUUUGAUAACGACUGGUGCAUACAGGCGUAUAAUGUUUAGACACAGUAAUCUAUACGUAUGACACUACCACAUUACCAUUGAUAAUAACACUAUUUACUGCAAUCGAUGUUUUACAAACGGGUUUGAAGAACUUAGCCGUGGCCAUAUUUAAAAAAAAUCGUAAAGGAAAAAAACGUUUUUUAAAUACAUUUAAUGCGAUGGGUUGUUUGAGUAGCAAAGACCGUUUAACAAAGGAGGAUAUGGAGUUUUUAAAGUCCCACACACGUUAUGAUGAAUCUACGAUAAAGGAGUGGUACAAAGGAUUUAAGCAAGAUUGCCCAAAUGGGAGAUUGACUCCUGCAAAAUUUGUUGAUAUGUAUAAGAUGUUUUUUCCAUCAGGCAACGCCGAAGAAUUUUGUGACCAUGUUUUCCGAACAUUUGACAUGGAUAAAAAUGGGUACAUAGACUUCAAGGAAUUUCUUCUUGCUAUUGAUGUAACAUCGAGUGGAACACCGGAGGAAAAACUAAAAUGGGCGUUCAGGAUGUAUGACGUUGAUGGAAACGGUGUGAUUGACAUCCAAGAAAUGACAAAAAUUGUGCAGGCAAUAUAUGAUAUGUUGGGAGCAUGUUCAUCUAAUAGACCAGCAGACUCGGCAGAGGAAAGAGCGAAAAAUAUAUUUUCCAAAAUGGAUGAGAAUAACGAUGGUCAAUUAACACAAGAAGAAUUUCUUAAAGGUUGUCUUCAAGAUGAGGAACUGUCCAAAAUGUUGGCGCCAUAAAAUAUUCUUAUAUAUAUACAUAUAUAUAUAUGAAAUCAUAUAACUUUUAUCAUUUUAUUACAAUUAAGAUAUGCACAAUAAAACUAACAUUUAAAAAUAUAAAUCUUUUUAAA